AUGUGUGAUCCUUCAUCGAGCGGGCACAAGAUCGAGCAUUCAUGUCUUCUGGGCAUCUGGAGCACAAGAAAACAUCGGCGCUACAUCCAGACUAAGCUAGAUGAUCGGAGAAAACCUCAACACCGACGUCUUCAAUUCGCAUCAUCGAUCACACAUGUCGUUAGUGAACCGUUAGGAUGCAUCAAUGACCUUCUCAACCCAAGUCACUUGAGGUUCCUUCUUACGUUCUUCAUGCCUACAAUGGACCGUCACGCGCGGGCUGUGGCUCAAGUAGCUUCAAAAGUAAAAGACUACUUCACACGCAAGGAGCCCUUUCGAAUUUCCCACGGCUCAACGAACAGCACGCGACCAAAUGUCAAGAAACGCGUCGUGGAUAUCAGUUCCCUCAACAAUGUAGUCAAAGUCGAUAAGUCGACACGUACAGCACUCGUCGAACCAAACGUACCUAUGGACAGGCUUGUGGAAGCAACUCUUCCGCAUGGCCUUGUGCCGCCCGUUGUCAUGGAAUUUCCUGGAAUCACAGUGGGAGGCGGAUAUGCAGGGACGGCAGGCGAGAGCAGUAGUUUCAAGUAUGGAUUCUUUGAUCGAACCAUCAACGAAGUCGAAAUGGUUCUUGCAGAUGGUGAAGUUGUGAAAGCUAGCGAGAAAGAGAAUCGGGAUCUGUUUCGUGGGGCAGCAGGAGCGGUGGGCACUUUAGGCGUUACCACGCUUGUGAACUUGAAGUUAGUCGAGGCGAAGAAAUUUGUCAAGACUACAUACUAUCCUACACGCAGCGUGUCUCAAGCGGUGAAGGAAGUCAGAGAGCAAACAAAGGGUGAAAAUGGAGAAUCGAAUGACUACGUAGAUGGUGUUUUGUUCAGCAAAAAGCAUGGAGCAAUCAUCACCGGCGAAAUGACAGACGAGCUUCCCCCAAACACCAAGCCACAGACUUUCAGUCACCCCUGGGACCCAUGGUUCUACCUUCACGUCGAAUCUCUCACUCGCUCUUCCACCUCGCCCAUUGUCGAAUACAUCCCGCUGGCAGAGUACAUGUUCCGCUACGACCGGGGCGGCUUCUGGGUCGGUCGGUCCGCCUUCAACUACAUGCGUUUCCCCUUCAACAAGUAUACCCGUUGGUUCCUGGACGAUUUCUUGCACACACGGAUGCUGUACCGCGCACUUCACGCUUCUGGGAUAGCAACGCGGUAUAUUGUACAAGACAUGGCGCUUCCAUAUCCCAAUGCGGAGAAGUUUAUCGAUUACACCGACAAAACAUUCGACAUCUGGCCAAUCUGGCUGUGUCCGCUCAAGCAGAGUGAGCAGCCGACUAUGCAUCCUCACACAAAGGGCGAGCUGAAGGACGACCAGAUGCUCAAUAUUGGGCUUUGGGGUUUUGGACCAAAGAACCCGAAAACGUACCUCGAGAAGAAUCGCGCUCUGGAGAAGACACUGGGUAAAAUGGGGGGUAUGAAAUGGUUGUACGCACAUACGUACUACAGCAAAGACGAGUUUUGGGCACAGUUCAACCGCACAUGGCAUGAGGACCUCAGGCGCAAGUACAGAGCCGAAACAUUUCCUGGUGUAUAUGACAAAGUGCAUGUCGAUAUCGAGAAGCACAUGCAGAUGACGAAUAAGGAUUGGGGAAUGCGUCUGAGGAACGUCUGGCCGCUUGGGGGUUUCUGGGGUAUUUGGAAGUCGAUCAAAAGUCGAGACUACGAGAUUCACCGAAACUCGACUUGGAAGUGGAAAGGCUGA